CACGAUCCUCAAAACACACACACACUCUCAUCAUAAUAACUUCAACCAAACACAGAGCUUAAGAGACAGAGAAGAUGGCGUACAGCAGCGCGUGUUUCCUACAUCAAAGCGCACUAGCCUCCUCCGCCGCGAGAUCAUCAUCACCUUCCUCAUCAUCCCAGCGCUACGUGUCACUCUCUAAACUAGUGUGUAAAGCACAACAGACUCACGAAAACGAUACCUCCGCCGUCUCUCGCCGUCUCGCUCUCACACUCCUCGUCGGCGCCGCUGCGGUUGGUUCCAAAGUGUCUCCAGCCGAUGCUGCCUACGGUGAAGCUGCAAAUGUGUUUGGGAAGCCAAAGCAAAACACAGACUUCACGGCGUACAGUGGAGACGGAUUCCAAGUGCAGGUGCCAGCUAAGUGGAACCCAAGCAGAGAGGUUGAGUAUCCAGGACAAGUCCUUAGGUAUGAAGACAACUUCGACGCUACUAGCAAUCUCAAUGUCAUGGUCACUCCUACCGACAAGAAGUCCAUCACUGAUUACGGUUCUCCUGAAGAGUUCCUCUCUCAGGUCAAUUACCUUCUAGGGAAACAAGCUUACUUCGGUGAGACUGCCUCUGAGGGAGGGUUUGACAACAAUGCAGUGGCAACAGCAAACAUUCUGGAGACGAAUAUUCAGGAAGUUGGUGGGAAACCAUACUAUUACUUGUCUGUGUUGACGAGAACAGCCGAUGGAGACGAAGGUGGUAAGCAUCAGCUGAUCACAGCUACUGUGAAUGGAGGCAAGCUUUAUAUCUGCAAAGCACAAGCUGGAGACAAGAGGUGGUUCAAGGGAGCCAAUAAAUUCGUCGAGAAAGCAGCCACUUCUUUCAGUGUUGCUUAAAUAAAAGCAGCACAACAGAUGAACUAUAUGCUCUGCUUGCUUGUUAUCUUCAUUUGCCUCUUGUAAAAAAAUGGAAAAUGAAAACUUAGCUUUUGAGAA